AAACGCCUGAAAGCAGCUGAAGCAGAAAGCAAAUUGAAACAAGUAUACAUCCCCACCUACAAUAAACCAAAUCCUAAUCAAAUAUCCAACAACAAUGGGAAACCUGCUGCAGUCAACGGAGCAAUGGGAGCCUCAUAUCAGGCACAGGCGUCACUAAUAGGUCGGGCUUGUGAAAGCUGCUAUACUCCACAGUCUCACCAGUGGUAUUCUUGGGGUCCUCCUAAUAUGCAAUGUAGGUUGUGUGCAUCUUGCUGGAUUUAUUGGAAGAAAUAUGGUGGCCUGAAAAUGCCCACACAGACAGAUGAAGAUAAAUUGUCUUCCAGCCAGCCUACAGAGGAAUCCCACGUUCGGACUCACCUGUCCCGGCAGGCCACGCAGGGAACUCCAGUUCGUAACACUGGGAGCCCAAAGUCGGCGGUGAAAACACGUCAGGCUUUCUUCCUUCACACAACGUGUUGGACAAAACUGGCCCGUCAGGUCUGCAAAAACACCCUGCGGCUGCGGCAGGCAGCGAGACGUCCCUUUGUCCCUAUUAACUGUGCUGCCAUUAAGGCAGAAUAUGCAGAUCGACAUUGUGAACUUGCUGGAAAUCCUCUGAAGAUAAAAAGCACCAGAAAACCACUGUCAUGUAUUAUUGGGUAUUUAGAGAUUCAUCCUGCAGUGAAACCAAAUGUAAUCAGGUCAACACCAAGCCUUCAGAGUCCAAGUGCAAAACGACUGCUUGCACCCUCCAGUCACUCUUCAUUAAGUAUUUUGGGGAAAAGAAACUACAGCCAUCAUAAUGGCCUUGAUGAAUCAUCCAGCCAUACAACAAGAACAAUAAUGCAUGCUGCUCCCCAUGUUCAUAUGACUAAUGGUAAGGCCUUGCAAGCCAGUGCAAGUGCCAUUAAGACAAGCACCAUUCCAGUGAUCAAGAGACAGAGGCAAAAUUGGCUUGAUGCUUCAGAUGAUGGUUUCUUUAUAGCUACAGAAGAGACCAGUGCUGAAGCAGUUAGAAACCUUCUCACGAAAAAUCCGUAAGAAGUUCACC